UCCUUGCCUGAGUAUUUUGUGCAUUUGACUAUGAUAUGCCUUGUUGAUGGUCGGUUUUCUGUUGAAUCUAAUGGGGGUCCUCUGUGCUUCCUGGAUUUUGGUGUCCAUGUCUUUCCCCAGAUGACCCCUCGGAAGCCUGGAGAACAGGACAGGACUGGUGGACCACGUUCUCCUAGAGCCUGGGCUCAGGUACAGUGUGGAAGCUGGUCCUCCUGGCCAGGGAGACCUCCUGAGCAGCAUGCUACCUUCCUCCUCGGUGCCAGAGUUGAUGACAAUUACCAUGAAAGCCAAGUUGUGGAAGUCUGGAUGUUUCUAGUAUGUUGUCUGGUUGGGCUUGUUGCUCUGCGGUCAAAGUACCUGUGUCAUGAGGUUCUCGGGUUCCUGAGUUCCGAGUACUGUGCUUUGAACUGGGGAUCAGAGUGCCAUAAUCUUGGAGUCCUGCAGACUGGAUCUCCUAAGGCUAAUCACCUGCAUGAACUGCUCUGUGGAAUUUAUUUGCCCUCCCACCCAUCUGGCCUUUCCAAGAGCUGAUAGCACCGUGGGACAGGUCAGUCAUGGAGGCCAGAAGCCUGAAAUCAAAGUGUGGGCACCAACAGGGUCUGGCUCCAUUUAGAGGCUCCAGAGGAGGAUCCUUCCUUGAUGUCUCUGGUGGCUGCCAGCCACUCAGCUGACUGUCCCGUCCGUGACCCCCUCUCCUCCUGCCCUGCGCCCUUCAACCCACAGCCGCCAGAUGGCUGUCCGGUCGAGCAGCUCUGGUGAGGACACUAAGGUUGGGGUUCCUGGUAAAACGCCACUCAGGAGGAGGGGGUCUGCCUUAAAACAAAUGGAAGCCUUUAAACUACAAGGAAGAGAAAAUCCACUGGUAUGUUUGUAGCCUGGGAUAAAUCAUUCUCACAAGUGUGGCAAAUGCAGAUGCCAGCUCAGCGUAAAUAAGGAAAGAGAUGAAGGAUGAGAAAGAAAAUAAAAAGCCUUUAUUCCAGAAGAGAGGACAGGGCAAAGAAGAGGGAGCAGCUAAGUUUCUGUUCUAACAGAGAGCGACUGAGUUCAGUCCUCGUGUCUCUGGCACCUUGGGGAAAGUGGGCCAUGCCAAUUCUCUGCUCCUCAUGGCGGGGCUGACAGGCUCAAGAAAAUGCAGGGGCCUGGGAGAAAGCCUACAGUUUGCUGUAACGUCCCGACCUCCGUAGUGGGGCUGGCACCCUCUGUUUGAAGUGGCUGGUGAGCGGGCCCCGAGGUGCCCUGGAGAGAUAAGGAGAUGAGGUGCGUUCUACAAAGUGGAAAAUGGGUUCUGAUAUGAGCCCGUGGGAAAGACUGUGAAGUUCUGAGCCACCUGCAUCUGCCUUCCUGUUGUUGUCCUAGUGUGGGGAGGUGGGAGGGCAGCAUGGGACAGGAGGUUGAGGGGUGGCGCUUACUGAGUGCUUACUACUAAGGCAGAGUGGGUACCACGCUGGGCGGCUCGCAGACAUGACGAGGUGGUGAGUGCUGGUUCCAUUUUGCAGACCAGGAAACCAAGGCACAAGGAUUCUUAGGAAGCGGAGAGACCCAGGUCUGCCUAACCUUAAGACGUCAGAUGUUGUGUCUUUCCUCAAGGACCUCCGCAGCCAAAACUAAUCAGUACAGAGCUUCCAGAGAAGCAGACCCCUCUACCCCUGCCCCAGGUGCCUGAAGUGGCGUCCAGGGUACGGCUUUCUUAUUUGUAAGCAGAAAUGAAACCCCUGGGAGGAGACAUUCCAGAGCCAUUUCACUUUUACUUGAACAUGAGCAGUGCCUGCUCAUGUGCAGAUGCGAUCACUGCGCUUGUGACAGUAAAAAUACCAACCGUGUCAUUAGCGGCAACCCUCCUGGGCAUGCCCAUGCUCUAAUGGCCUGAGCGUCUUCCCUGCUCUUUACAAGAAGCCGCCUUUCUGAGGCGCUCAGUCUUACAGGUUCUUUCCUUCAGAGAUGAGCCUGGAUUCUUGUUUUGGACCCACAUUUCUUGGUGCAGAAGCAGCAGCAAAGAACGAGGCCUGGGAUUCAGCCAAACCUGGCUUUGAAUUCUUGCUGUAUCCGUGAGCACAGCACUCAGCCUCUCGAGCCUCUGGCAGGAUGGGGGACACCUCCUACUGAGAGCUUGCUCUGGGCAUUUUGUGGAUAAAAGCCAACAAGUGACUGCAUCUUUAAAUGCCAUUUAUCAUCAUCAGUCCUUUCCAGAAUGACCUGGGGCCUCCUUUCCUUCACUGGCCUCCAAAAGUCAUUUCACUGGGCUGUGGAAAUCAAACAGUGGUUCCUCCCCACCAAGAAGAGUUGAAUGUUGCCCUGAAAUUACCAAUAAUUUUUCUCCGGCUGUCCGUCAUUGAGCGGAGCAGGAGUUGGCCAAGUUUCUCUGUCAACGCCCAGAUAGUAUGGGUUUUAGGAAGGUGGUCCACACUGUUUCUGUCACCAUUACUCGACUUUGUGGAUGUCAUGUGAAGGCCGCCGUAGAUGGUAAGUUGUUGUACAAGCAUCCCUGUGUCCAGAGAGAAUUUAUUUACCAAAGCAGGCUGGGAUUGGCGCACGGGCCAUGGUCUGCAGAUUCCUGCUCUGUCGAAUGGGGAGGUUCUGGGUCUCAGGCUGGAAUUGGCAGCACGAAUGCUCCACGGUCUCUGCCCUGGAGGGUCGCCCCAGUGACACACCUACACAGUCAGGGGGCAGGGGAGCGGUGGGGGAGUGGGGAGUGUGCUGUUUGCAAGGAGACAGCUUCCGAGGUGAUAGGCGUGGCAGGAACCUUCUGUUGUCCUUGUAGUCUGAUGUCUCCAGCAGGUUCACCCAGAUGUACCCUCAUCCACUGCUGGGUGAUACAGAACUGCUCAGACCUGUCGCUCUAACAGCCACAAUACCUGUUACUGCUCUUGAGUGCUGCUUAGUGGUCCCAGCUGGGCUCCAAGUGACCUUUGCAGUUGUGUCUGCAUCUACAUGUACUUGGGGAAGUCCUGCAUGCACUCUCCACUUACAAUUCUAGCAAGGGCGGAUUUGGGUGCUCGUGUUUGCACAAACCUUACACUUUUCUUUGGCAUCUCCUGGUUGCUCUGUGUCUCAUUUUCUCUGGCCACUCAGUGGGAGAUAAGGGUGAAAUGAGAAUGAAUGAAUGAAUGAGGUGGUUUGUUAGUGGUUUCUUUUAUUUUUAAAUUUUUUUUUAAAUUUACAUCCAAAUUAGCAUAUAGUGCAACAAUGAUU